CGGCAUUCCUUACCUCACCCACCGCAACACCCAAACACCAAAACCCAACCACACUCUCCUCAACUCAUAUAUCUCUCAAAAGCUUCAAACUUUCGGACACAAAACAUCAAAAAGCUUAGCCCUACUUUUUCUUCUCUCAAUUCAUCACUUCUCUAUCUUGGUUUUCCUUUUUUUUAGGUGGGGAUUAGGAUAAGGGUCUUCAUCUCAAAUUUGAUCACUUCUCUCUCUUUCUGUGACCCUCUUCAGUUUUUCUCUUUCUUCUCUGCUUCAGCUUUCCACAAAGUAAAGCCAAAGAGGGAAAGAUGGCAAUGAUUCCGUACCAACUUUCCCGUUUACCUUACCACGAUUCCCUCAAAGUACUUGAAGCUGAUAUACAGCACGCUAAUGCUUUGGCUGCUGCAAUUCCCAGAGCCAAGGGUGGGACUGUUCUUCAAAUGAAAUUGGUUUACAAUCAGUUGGCUCCUCUCUUCCUGUUAUUUCUACAAUGGAUGGAUUGUUCUUGUGCAGGCUUUCUCCAUAGGUAUCUCAACCUCUUCCACAUAAUUAUAUACAAGGUACACAAUGAUGGUAGAUCAAACAUGUCUACCCAUGGAAGGAAGGCUACCAUUGGGGACUUUUAUGCCGUUAUAUUGCCAUCUCUCCAAAGGCUUCAUGGUAGUUUGGAGAAGUUGGAGGCUGUUGAAGCAGGAGAAUCAAGCAUAGAAGGUUCAAGUCAUGGCAAUAAGUUGAUUGAAACAAGUGAGAGACUAACCAAUAUUGAUUUGCAAAGAGAAGAUGAAUGUGGAAUUUGCUUAGAGCCUUGCACCAAAAUGGUUUUACCUGGUUGCUGCCAUGCCAUGUGUAUCAAAUGCUACCGCAAGUGGAACAGAAAAUCAGAGUCUUGUCCUUUUUGUCGUGGCAGUUUGAGGAGAGUUAAUUCAGAGGAUCUAUGGGUGCUAACUUGUGACGAUGAUGUUGUUGAUGCAGAAACAGUUUCUAAAGAGGAUUUAUUGCGUUUUUACCUCUAUAUCAGCAAGCUGCCAAAAGAUCACCCAGAUGCACUUUUCCUAAUGUAUUAUGAAUACCUCAUUUAAUUUUCCAUUGAAUAAGAACAAAAAGGAAAAAAAUGUACAGAUAGUCAAUUCCGGAAUACAAAUGUGAAUAGAGUCUGGAAAGAAAAUACUCUGGUAAUGUAAUCACAGUUGUUCUGGUAAGAGAUAUUUCUGGUUUUUUGGCCCAGAAAAACCAUUCUUCUUACUUCUGUGAUGUAUCUCCAUUGUAGACAUUGUUCUUGCAAUUAACCUGGAAUUCCUUGUAUGAAGGAUCCAUUAAGUUAAA